UCUCUACAAAUAAGACUGGGUUGGUCAGCAAGACCAAACACAAUGAGACCCUCUUCGGCUCUUCAAACUGUCACCAUCUUCAGCUCUCUACCCAAAACCUUCACAAGCUUGAACGGACAGCCUCACUCUCAAUAUCUGCAACUUCCAAAACCCAAGAGAUGUUCAUUGCUAAUAACAAUGAGAGACAGAAGCAAGAACCCAAGACCUUUGCAGAAGGGAAGGAAUCUCAGCAUCGAAGCCAUUCAGACCAUUCAAGCCUUGAAGAGGGCCCAGAAAAACGAGGGUGUUCUAGAGAAAGUCUUCAAUUCCAAGUUCAGGCGCUUAUUGAAGCUCGACAUGAUGGCCGUACUCAAAGACCUCCUGCGCCAAAAUGAGUGCUUCUUGGCCCUCAAGGUUUUUGAAGACAUAAGAAAGGAAUAUUGGUAUAAGCCGCAGGUUUUGCUUUAUGCUGAUAUGAUCAAGUUAAUGGCUACCAAUGAAUUGUUUGAACAAGUCGAACUUCUUUACUUGUGCUUGAAAAAGGAAACUAAUUUACAACCUGACAUUGAGGGUUUUAACGCCCUGUUGACAGCAUUAGUAACUUUUAACCUCUCUAACCUCGCAAUGGAGUGCUAUUACUUGAUGAAAGGAGUAGGGUGUGAACCAGAUAGGUCAUCAUAUAAAAUUCUUAUUAAAAGUCUAGAGUCGAUGGGAGAGACAGGUCCUUUGGGUAUUGUAAGGCAGGAUGCUCAAAAUUUGUAUGGUGAGUCCCUGGAGUUCCUAGAGGAGAAUGAAGAAUUGGCAGCGAGUCAAUGAGGACUUGAUUGGAUAAGAUCAUAUCAUAUUACCUUGCAAGGAAUUUGUAUUCAACUCCGGGCCAUGAUGGGUACAAAUAUCGAAACUUCAUCUCCCAUACGAUAAACUGAGACUGAAGUUCUUUGUAAUAUUUGGUUGGAGAAGUAUGACUAUAGCCUUAUAGCUGGGAACAGACUGAGUUCUUUGUAAGACUUGAUACUUAGAGAGUUAGUUCUCAUCAACUUUUCUCUUCUUCUUUUUUUGGUCCGAGUUCACUUUGAGAAACUAUUAUUGUCUGUUAGUAUAUAAUUAUAUCAUGACCUAAGGCACAUAACUUGGCAUUGCAAACUUUGCAUUCCUUGCAUAAUCCAUUUGGAUCUUUAUCAACUUCUUAACACCACUCAUAACCUGAAAGUUGUUAUGUAUAUGUUGGAAUCAACCACUGAAUAUGUGCUCACAUUCGGGUGACUGAGAUUCAGGAACACUACAUUUAUGAUUACCAGCCACUUCCUAUCAUCAUCUUUUAGUCUUCUUGGUGAGCUUUGUCUCUAUAAUAUUCAGUACAGGUAAUUUCUGUUUAUAGAGAACCUUUCCCAUUCUAGGAUUCGUCUACUGAAUUGACUUACACUAACAACUCUUGGAGGGUUGCAUACUAGAAGUUGUAGAAACUAAAUAUUUCUAUUACAAAAAGUAGUUCACUUGUAUUUUAUCAUCAUUGUUAUAGAAUCGAUAGACUUACCAUGUCACUGCACCGAGGAUAAAGCUUCCUUGAGUACGGGGAGGACAGACUUAACAUUGCAACCCUCUGUUUCCUAUUUUUAUGUUUUUUAUAUUUCAAAAACUGUUUAGCAAGUUGAUCAUGGGAACUCUGUCAUGAAGUGAAUGCAAUAUUGCUACUCGCUUGUUUGUUACCCUGCUUUAGUUGUGCUUGUAUAUGUGGUAUACACAGUUGUUCAUUAAGAACUUGUGUGGGUGUGCACUGUGCAGGCCCUGAAGCUGAUGCUGCAAAACUUUGCUAGCUAGGAUUAGUCAGGAUCUUCUUCUUCCAAAACUAGUAUUGUUUUUACCAGGAUAUGAUCGAGCAUCAUCCAACCUGGUGAACCCGCUGUAUAGCCCCCGAGUUUUGGAAGAUGAUCCUGACUAUGAUCAAAGUUCUGCUGCUUUGUUUCAGGGCCUGCAGACCUCCAGCGCUACUGGUUAAGAAAUUUUGGAGACGUUGAUGCAAAGUUUUGUGAAAGAAACAGAACGGCAUACAGUAACAGACCACUAAUUGAAUCAAAUUUAAGGAUGCUGAAGGCAUGGCUGAGAUGCUCAAAAAAGUAUCAGCCGAUUGAUAUCAACAGAAAUGCAGCUGUUCUAAAAGGUUGAAUUAUGGUUUAUAGGCCUUUUGCAUUAUCAUUGUCUCUAGCUUCAGUUGUUCAUUGGC